GAGGACAAGGGCGGCUUUCCGGGUGUUGGCGGGGCAUUUAUGUCCUGCCACAGCUGGAGCUGCAGAUCUAGUCUUCAGUUCACAGAGAACUGCCCCCCAACUGCUCCUCCGGACUCUGCUCCUACAGGCCCAGCUGCUGUGACUGUGCGACCUGCAGGGACUGGCAGACCCGUAGCUAAGACGCCAGGAUUUCCUGGAAGCAGAGAAAUGCUGUGUUCUCAUUUCACCCAAGACCUUUGGCUAGAUCAGAACAUAAAAAAUUCAUUUCAAAAAGUGAUACCGAGAAGAUAUGGGAAAUGUAGACAUGAGAAUUUACAAAUAAAAAAAGGCUGUAAAAGUUUGAAUGCAUCUAAGGUGCAGGAAGGAGGUUAUAAUGGACUUAACCAAUGUUUGUCGAUUACUCAGAGCAAAAUACUUCAAAGUAAUACAUGUGUGAAAGUCUUUAGGAAAUUUUCAAAUUCAAAUAGACUUAGGAGAAGACAUACUGGAGAGAAACCUUUCAAAUGUAAAGAAUGUGGCCAAUUCUUUCACAGGUUCUUACACCUAAGACAACAUCAGAUAAUUCAUACUGAAGAGAAACCCUACCAAUGUGAAGAAUGUGGCAAAGAGUUUAAGCAGUCUUCAGGUCUUACUAUACAUGAGAGAAUUCAUACUAAAGAGAGACCCUACAAGUGUGAAGAAUGUGACAAAGCCUUUAAACAAUCUUCAAAACUGAAUAAACAUAAGAAAAUUUAUACUGGAGAUGCAACCUACAAAUGUGAAGAAUGUGGCAAAGCCUUUUCCUAUUCCUCAACCCUUACUCAACAUAACAUAGUUCAUACUGAAGACAAACCCUACAAAUAUGAAGAAUGUGGCAAAGCUUUGAAGUAGUCUUUAAACCUGACCAUACAUAAGAUUAUUCAUAUGGGAGAGAAGCCCUACAAAUGUGAUGAAUGUGGCAAAGCCUUUAGAAAAUCCUCAAAACUGAAAGAACAUAAAAGAAUUCAUACUUGAGAGAAACCCUAUAAAUGUGAAGAAUGUGGCAAAGCUUUUUACUCUUCCUCAGGCCUUACUCAAUAUAACAUAGUUCAUACUGGAGAGAAACCCUACAAAUGUAAAGAUUGUGGCAAAAUUUUUAAGUGGUCUUCAGACCUUACUAUACAUCAGAGAAUUCAUAGUGGAGAGAAACCCUACAAAUGUGAAGAAUGUGGCAAAGCCUUUAAACAAUCCUCAAAACUGAAUGAACAUAUAAGAGCUCAUACUGGAGAGAAAUCCUACAAAUGCGAAGAAUGUGGCAAAGCUUUUAAGCAACCUUCAGGCCUUACUCUACAUAAAAGAAUUCAUACUGGAGAGAACCCUUACAAAUUCGAAGAAUGUGGUAAAGCCUUUUAUUGGUUUUUAAGCUUUACUAAACAUAAGAUAAUUCAUAGGGGAGAGAAACGCUACAAAUAUCAAGAAUGUGGCAAAGCUUUUAAGUGGUCUUCAAACCUUACUAUACACAAGAGAAUUCAUAUGGGAGAGAAACCCUGCAAAUGCGAAGACUGUGGCAAAGCUUGUAAGCAGUCUUUGGGCCUUACUAUACAAAAGAGAAUUCAUACUGAAAAGAAACCCUACAAAUGUGAAGAAUGUGGUAAAGCCUUUUACUGGUCCUUAAGCUUUACUAAACAUAAGACAGUUCAUACUGGAGAGAAGCACUACAAAUGUCAAGAAUGCAUCAAAGCUUUUAAGCAUCUUCAAACCUUACUAUACAUAGGAGAAUUCAUACUGGAGAGAAACCCUACAAUUGUGAAAAAUGUGGCAAAGCCUUUUACUGUUCCUCAAACCUUAUUCAACAUAACAUAGUUCAUACUGAAGAGAAACAC